AUUAUUUUCUUAGACGUUGAUAUUUUGGGUGGUUUUUCAAUAACAUUUUGCGUAAACAAUAAACUUUAAAUAAAAUUAAUUAAAUAACUACUUAAAUCUUUAAAAAGACAUAGAAAAAAUGAAAUACAAUAAAAAUUACUUAGUUUCAUUAACAAUAUUUGCAGUUCUAUGCAAAAUACCAGAGGCUAUUGGAGCUAAAACAAAUUUCGUUACUUGUGGUUCCAUAAUAAAACUCCUCAACUCUGAUUAUGGCAUGCGUUUGCAUUCACAUGAUGUUAAAUAUGGUUCUGGUUCAGGACAACAGUCGGUUACCGGUAUUGAAUUGAAGGAAGAUGUCAACAGUCAUUGGGUGAUUAAAGCUGCCACUAAUAAAUUUUGUGAAAGAGGCGAACCCAUUAAGUGUGGUGACACAAUACGUUUGGAACAUUUAAGCACAAAAAGAAAUCUACACUCGCAUUUCUUCUCCUCUCCACUAUCGGGCGAACAAGAAGUUUCCGCUUAUGGUGAUAAUGGUGUUGGUGAUUCUGGUGAUCACUGGGAAUUGAUUUGCAGCAACAACGAAUGGGUACGUGAUGCUCAUGUACGUCUACGUCACAUUGAUACGGGAGCUUAUCUUUCCAUGUCUGGUCGUUCCUUUGGUCGUCCUAUUUCCGGACAAAUGGAAGUAGUCGGCGCAAGUAAUCCUUCACAUGGCACAAGAUGGACUACGGCCGAAGGUCUUUUCAUUGUACCGAAAGAAAAAGAGACUGAAUAUGCUCACACUGAAUUGUGAGUUGUCGGUGCUACUGCCCCUCCAUUAACUACUUCAUUUUCUUCUUAGUAGCAAUUGUGUGUUUGCUUAUUUUUUAUGAAUUUUUUUAGUUUAAUUAUUUACUUAUAUGAUUUCAUAUUAUGUAUUUUUGUAAAAUCCAAAGUUGAGUUUUUGGUGAUGAUGACAAUUUUAUUAAUUGUUUUUUUUAGUAAUUGUACACUGUGCUCACAUUGAUUCAAGUUCCGAAUAAAAAAAGAAAAUAUAUUGAAAGUACUGUAUUGUAUUAAGAAAAGACCAAAUAAAUUGAAGUUUAUUUUUUAUUUA